AUGAUGCGGACGGGCUGUGCGUCGCCCGCAGCCGCCGUGGGGGCGUCGCGGAAGAGGGAGAAGCGCCGGAAGACGGGCCGCAAGGAGGUUAUGGCUUCGAGUGACGUCGAAGACGUGUGGUUAAGGGAGGGCGCCACAGCCCGCUUUCUGGGAAGCGGGGAGGUGGACGAGGAAAGACGGAGAGAGGCGCUGAAGGCACUCGCCGAGCUCGAAGCAGAGCACGACGCCGACGAUCCAGUAGUUGCCCAGUUGAAGAAGCAGUUACUCGAGCAGACACAGCCACUUGCGAGUGGUGCCAAUGCAUCCGGUGGAUCGCGCGUACGGGGCGAAGGUGCGACGCGAGAUCCUUCGGUUCAGAGUAAAGGACAGAAACGAAAGAGACACGGAGACACCCGGGACACCAUGGAGGAGAUUGCAGAGAUGGAUGAAGAGGAAGAGCGGCGCGACCGUCUCGAGCAUCUUCGAAUGACAAAUCCGGGUGCGCUAUUCUCAACGGCCAAAGAGAAGAAGGAAAAGAAGCCCGAUGUGUACGUUCAGUCUGCAGAAAUCCGAGUGAAACCGAAUCGGUGCUUCGGUUGCGGCGCUGCUUUCCAGACGCGGAACCCUGACAAGGCCGCCUAUGUGCCAGCCAGAGUUUUGGAGGCGGCGUCGCUGUCAACGUCCUCUUGCGCAGAUUCGUCAGAAGGCGCAGCGGACCCGUCUCUCCGCCCGUCUUCGUUGGAUCUGAGUGACCCCGAAUCUGCCGCGAAGGCGUUCGCGUCCGCAGGAGGGGAUAUCGAGAAAGUCGUGGAUCUAGCAGCCCGCGCAGAGAGCGUGGACUUUGAAGCGUUCGUCAGCGCCAUAGCUGAGGCUGGUGGAACAGACCGGCAGGAGGUUCUGGACAAGCUGACCCUGGCGUGCGACUACAACGGAGAGCCGGUGGAGGACGAAGAGCCCGAGCGGGUCGGCGAAGAGGAACUCGACGAGCACGGCCAGGGGGGAAGGGACACGCAGGUGGCGAGGGGUAGCGAAGCUGGUCACGGAGCAGAAGACCCCGAACAGAGACGCUUGCAAGAGACUCCAUCCGAUGCCGAGGGAAGGUCAGCCUUCCCGGAAGACACCGCAGACGACAUGGCACUCCCUGGGGCACGCCGCACCGGCGCCGGCGCGGACGGAGAGAACCAAAGAGGAGGCGUCCGCGUGGAGACAAUGACUCUGUCUGAAGAGGAGCUUGGCCGGCUUCUGGGCCAAGAGGCAGUGGCUGCGCUCCACGACGACGCGUCUGUAGAAGCUGAAGGUCGCGCGCGCACAGGGGCGCAGAAACUGGUUUUAUGCCAGAGGUGUCACGCCAUGAAGAGUGGAAAGAAGAUCGACGAAGGCUUGAGAGUUGGGUUUUCUCACGGAGACCACCUUCUUCAUCCCGACCGAUUCAAGCGUCUCGUAGCCUCCCUUCGGACGAAACGGUGUAUUUUUUUGCUUUUCUUGGACUUGAUCUCGCCUGAGCUGGUCCCGGCUUUGCCGGACCUAGUUCGGGUCAACCCCGUCUACGUCGCAGUGACAAAGUGCGAUCUGUUGCCGGGCAGUCUUCGCAGGCCAGACGCGCCUUUCAACUCGAGCGCUGAAGGCUUCAGGCGACGGUGCAUCGCCAACACGAACGUAGCGCGCCACUACGUUUUCGAGAUGCUGUCGCGAGCGUACAGGCUCAAAGAUUUUACAGUGAAAAAUAUAUUCAUGAUCAGCAAUAAGUCUGGGGCAGGCGUGUCACACUUGAUUAACGCGGUUGGCCAAGAAGCGAUCAGACGGAAACGCCCCGUCUACGUAAUUGGGGCAGCUAACGCAGGGAAGUCUUCUUUUCUCAACAAGAUUCUCGCCAAGGCUACGCGAGAGCCCGAAUCGACACCCGGACCUUUACAGAAACCGCAACUUAAGGGAGCGAAAGCAGCGGCUGCAGCCUCAUCAGCAGUUCCAGGAACAACGUUGGAUUUUAUCCCCCUUGUCGUGAACGGGAAGUGGAAAGUCAUUGACACUCCAGGAAUCUUCUUGAAAGGGAGUUAUGCGAACCUUCUCACCCAGGAAGAGCUUCAAGCUGCCGUACCGUCUUCAGCGCUACACCUUUGCUCCGCUAGAGUUGCGGAGGGCCACGGCGUGUGGCUCGGUGGCCUCGCGCGCGUGGAGCUGCUCGGCGACCGGGGCUGCUUUUUCUCCUUCUUCCUAAGCCGGUCCUUGCUGAUACGGCCAUUCACGGCCGCAGGCACGCCCGAGGGAAAAUUGGAAGCCCAGCGAAGUCGCCUCUCCCCGCCCUUUUCACCGGAACGACGCAAAGCGCUUAGUCCUCUGGUACCAGAAGACUUCUAUAUUGCAGGCAAGGGGUGGCAAGAAGCUGCAGCGGACAUCGUGUUGAGCGGCCUCGGGUGGAUUAGCAUCACGGGGUGUGGUCCUCUGCGUGUGCGAGUUCACGUUCCUGAUGAGGUGCGCGUAUACCAGAGACCUGCGUUAGUACCGCGCGCCACCCGCGCCUGUCCUGCCGUUGCGACGACGCUUCUCCAAAAGACGGCGGACCGGCAAGCUGUUCACAAAAUGCAGUCACAAGCGCAUCGAUCGCCGCGAGGAGAUCCGGAACGCAGGCACCAUAUGAAGUCUGACAUAUCAUAUCAGUGUCCAACCGAUUUCGAAGACCGCGAUAACACUGCCAAUGAGUUCAUGCAGUGA